CCCGGAUAAUCAUUACAGUUAUGGCGUCUGCACUUCGUCUAGUACGCGUUCCGCUGCGUAGAAUGAGCUAUGCCAAGCACAUUGAAGAAGAAACUCGUCAUGCUGCUGGCGCUAUGCACACUUGGAAGAAGAUCUCGUUCUUUGUGGUAGUGCCUGCGCUGGCCUAUUGCACGUACAACGCGUACGCGAAAGAGAAAGAACACGAGAAGCACAUAGAAGAGCACGGAAGGCACUUUAUUGCCUAUCCGCAUCUGAGGAUCAGAACCAAGCCAUUUCCGUGGGGCGAUGGAAAUCAUAGUCUCUUCCACAACUCGCAUAGCAAUGCUCUUCCCGAAGGUUACGAAGAAUCGGAACAUUAAAGCAGAAGAGCAAACUGCGAGAGUGAACACACCUUGUGUAUCUCUAGCAACCUACCUUGUCUUACACCUCCAUGUAGUCUAUUGUGUGUAUCAAUAUCUCUACUGUAGUACAAACCAAGAUAUGUUAGUUUGAAGAUCUUAGUAUGGAAACAAAAUAUUAUGCACCCUUA